AAUUUUCUUUUCCAGGUAACAAUAUUUAUUUUUAUCAUUAUUAUUUCUAUUGCCAUCGCUAUUUUUUACUAUUCCCACAAUACUGUGACUUGGCGCAUAUAAUCAAAUGUUGCCUCAAGAGGGGGAGUUAGACCCCAACCUGUUGCUGCAAGACGAAGGCCAACUAAUCAAGGGUCUCUCGUGGACGCAGCGAAUCCAAGGUUUCCUCAUUUUCAUGUCUCUUGGAUUUUUCUCCAAUAUUAUGGGGUGGUUUGCCUUGGGAAUGGGAGUAUACUGGAAGUACACCGUCCUUUCUACUAUCGGUAGCAUUAUGUCAAUGUUUAGCACCAUGAUUUUAAUGGGCCCAGUAACUCAGUUGCGUUCCAUGAUGGACGAACGCCGGAGGGGUGCCACGUUGAUGUAUUUUGCGUCGUUAAUGCUGUCCCUGGUGCUGGCUCUCAGUUUCAAGUCGUUUUUCCUUUGCGCCUUCUGUGGACUUUUGCAAUACCUGGCGCUGUUUUGGUAUUCACUUUCGUAUAUACCUUACGGUCAAAAUGCAUUGUUGGUGCUAAUUUUUGGGGAAUGAGACUCUUCAAAGGCAGUUUCUUGUUGACUUGUUUCACGUUUACGAAUUCAGAAAUUGUUUGCCCACGAAAGGUCGCUAUUUAUACUUUUAUUUAUAAAAGUGUAUGGGCUU